CCGACCCUCAUUUCCAUUUCCAUUGAAUUCUAUAGCAAUAUGCUAAUAUAAAAAACAAGACAAGAAAGAUUAAACAUCUUCUUCAUCGGUCAUUGCCUCAAAACCAGAAAAAAACAACGCAGCGAAACAAAUGGGUUUUACAGAUCCAGAAGAUGACUCACUCGGUAUCGGCCUGAAGGUGAUGCUCGCCGCAGCUUUCACGUUAUUCGCCAUCAUCUUCUUCAUAAUCGUCUUCCACUUCUACGCCAGACGCCUCCGCCUAAGUCGUCAGCUGAGUCUGCUCGACAGACGCCUCGACGAUCAACCGGUUUAUCAAUUCAGUACUCAUCAAGUUUUGCCGGUUAAUGUGGAAUCGAGUUCACCAAACCAUGACCGUCAGGGUCUUGAUCCUUCCGUCAUAGCGUCGAUUCCUAAACUCUGGUACAAGCAUACGGACCAGUUCAACGACGGCGAAGCCGUAGAGUGCUCGGUUUGCUUAGCCACCAUUGGGGAAGAUGCAACCGUUAGGGUUUUGCCUAACUGCAAGCAUGUAUUUCAUGUUGAUUGUGUUGACACUUGGUUCGGUACCAACACCACUUGCCCGAUCUGCCGCACCGUGGCUGAACCCACCGUGCCCGUUGGUGGCGCAGUUCAACCCACGGCACCGCCGGAAUUAGAGAGUAGCGGGACGAUCUAAAAGUAAAUAUAGUUAUGCAGUAUUUUUAGAAAAAUAGAGUGACAUGAAGGCUUAUUUCUUUUCUUCAUAAUUAUCAUUUUUUUUAUUUCUCUAUGACUAAAUUGAUAUUAGAUACAGUUAAUUUGCCACGGAAAAAUCAAAUUCAUUAUUUUUGGUAGGCAAACUAAAGAUCAAAUUCAUUAGUCUGUCACUGGAUUUGGAUGGGUGAGGAUUCACUUAACAAAGUGAAUUACAUGUGCAAUCCCCUCCAAAAAAUUGAGAUCUCAUAUCUCUG